CGCCAGCCAAGGCGCGGGUCGGCCAGUCGUUCCGGCACGAGUAGGGCAGCACGCGGGGUCCUGCCUGACGCGGCCCGUGACCUUCAGGGAGGCGACGAGAGGCGCAUCCGGCGGAGCCGCCGCAGCAAAAGCAGCAGCAGCAGCAGCAGCAGGAGGGUGUCCGGCCGCCUCGCCUCGCCUCGCCUCGCCUCCUCCCGGGGUUCCUCCCUCGCUCGGGCCCGGCAUGGCGCAGGCCGCGCAGAAACUGGUCAAGGCCGUCACCACCAAAGGGCCGCAGCUUGUUUCUGCUGCUGUCACUUACUCAAGACCUCGUCUGGCCACAUUCUGGCACUACGCCAGGGUUGAGCUGGUUCCACCCACUCCUGCUGAAAUUCCUAAGGCUAUUGACAGUAUGAAAGCAAUGGUGAAGAGCUUCAAGUCUGGACGCCUCACACAACUCACUGUCAAGGAAGCUCUGAGGAAUGGUUUGGUGGCUACCGAGGUGCUGAUGUGGUUUUACAUUGGCGAGAUCAUAGGCAAGCGUGGCCUGAUUGGAUACAAUGUUUGAAAAUCUCUUGCUUUUGAGUCUAACAUAACAUUAUUAAACUAUGGCGCUGAGAUGGAACUGUGGUGGUCUCUACAAGUAAUGUUCAGAUGUGGGCAGGAUUGUGUGUCCUGAAAGCUAAGGAGUCCUGAAACUACGCCUCACCUCCCCCCAUAACCACAAAAAUUUUUACUUAGCUGUUCCGAUAAACACCCCAAAGAAAGCAUGUGUACUCAAGAAAUGAAUAGGAGGGGCUCUAAAGUGCUGAUUAGUACUUAUAAGUAGCUUGGUGCCGACCUGAUGCUUGAGACUGUAAUGUCAAGUGAGAUCAAAAUCCAAACAGUUUACCCCAGUAUUGAAAAUUCUGCAGCUUGGCCUAUCCCAGAUUCUGUUCAUUAGAAAACUGAGUUAAGUAGCAUUAUUUGUCUGAAACUCUUAUGCUUGGGUGUCCCACAGCACUAGAAGCCUAGCAGAAACUUCGUUUAAUAGUGUGGCAUACUUGUAUUGUGUUCUUCUUUAGUGCCAAUUAAAACAUAACGGUUAAAACUGUA